AUGGAUCAUGGGUCGUGGGUCAUGGGUCAGGUGCGUCCUCCAGGUCAUCAUGCUGGAGUGAGACAAGCAAUGGGAUUCUGUCUGCAUAACAAUGCAGCCAUUGCUGCAUCAGCAGCACAAGCUGCAGGAGCAAAAAAAGUCUUGAUUGUUGAUUGGGAUGUACACCAUGGAAAUGGAACUCAAGAAAUAUUUGAGCAGAACAAAACAGUGUUGUAUAUAUCCUUACAUAGACAUGAAGGUGGAAAAUUCUACCCUAGUAAAGGCGUUGCCCAUGAGGUGGGGUCCAUGGGUGGAGAAGGGUAUUGUGUAAAUGUUCCAUGGAGUCAUGGAGGAGUUGGGGACCAUAGUCACAGGAUUCGCCAAAGUAGUCACGAUCCACGUUCCAAACGGCUCGAUCCCAAACGGGGUAUGAUUGCGUAUCGAUCGCCGACAGAAACGCCCUCCGGUACAUCAUGCUUGCGAUCCCACCAAUUCUUUAAAUCGAUACCUGAAACGUGA